AUGAGCGAACUGCUUAUUAGAUCAAAAAGUGGUAUAAAAUUGUAUAAAUUUGAAAAAAAUGAAAAUAAAUAUAAUAGUAAAAUAAUUUUUGAGUAUGACGGUUGUAUACAUGAUGCCAUAUGGUCAUAUGAUGGAAAUUCUUUUCUAAUUUUACAUUCAGUAGAAGGAUUAUUAUUAAUUACAAAUUAUAAUGAAGAGAAUAAAAAAAUUAAUAAAAUUACAUGCUUAAAUAAAUAUAAACAAUUAUUUGAUUGUGAUAAUAUAAAAUUAAUAAAACAUGUACAAUGGUCACCUAAUAAUAAAUUUAUUGUUUUCUUCUUCCCAUAUGAAGAAAGUAAACAUUUAAAACUAGGAAAUUUAUUAGUAUGGAAUGUAAUGAAUAAUAAUGUUUUAUGUUCAUUUAAAAUAAAAAAGAAAAGUUGUAGUAAUUGGCCAAUUAUUAAUUUUACUGAUGAUGAUAGCUAUUUUUUUUUACAGAAAAAAUCAGAUAUAUAUAUAUAUGAUACAUUACAAUUAAUUCAAAAUGAAAAUAAUGAUAACUUAGAAAAUUCUGAUGUUCCUAUUAAUUAUAUAUAUACGUGGAAUCAACCCAAUAUUAUAAGUAUAUAUUUAUCUUCUUAUGUUGAUGAAAAAAAAUUUAGAUAUUUUGUUGCACACACGAAAAAUAAUUUUUUAGGAGAUAUAUAUAUAUAUAAAAUAGGAGGAUUAAAUAAUAAAAAUGAAAAAAAAGAAGAAAAUGAAACAAGUGAAAAUACGAAUACUACUAAUAUAAAAAUAGAUAAUAUAAAUAACAAAAAUGUUAAACUGAAUAAUUUAAAUGAAGAAAAAAUCAUAAAUGUUAAUGAUAUAAAUAAUAAUUUGUAUGAUAAAAAUUCAUGUUUAAAUAAAGAUAUAAUAAAAAUAGAAUUAUUAUUAAGAAAAAGUUUUGAUAAUUUAGAUAAUUUAAACUGUAUGUGGUCAAAUAGUGGAAAACAUGUUAUAUUGUUAGUUCAUACGAAUGAUACAACUAAUAAAUCUUAUGGAUAUCUAAGUAAUUGUUAUUAUUGCUCUUUAAUAUCAAAAAAUUUGACUAUAAAAAGAAUAAAUGAAAAUAUUGCACAAGAUGUGAAAUGGAGUAAAAUAAAAGACGAAUUUUUAAUAAUAGAGGGUAAAUCAGAUAAUACUAUUUAUUUGUACGAUCAUGAAUUAAAUGUUAAAUGUAAAUUUCUUUCUCAAUAUAAAAAUACAAUUAAAUGGUGUCCCUUUGGUAAUAUGAUUGCAUUAGGAGGUUUUGGAAAUUUAGCAGGAGAUAUUAAUUUUUAUUAUAAAGAAAAAGAUAAUUCAGUUAUUUUAAUAAAAGAAUAUAGAGAGGCUUGCACUGUUUUGUGUGAUUGGUCAAAUGAUGGUCUGUUAUUUAUGACUGCAUCUACCUAUCCAAGAAUGAAAGUUGAAAAUGCUUUUAAAAUAUAUACAUAUGAAGGUAAUUUAGUAAAUAGUUUUAAUUUUAAUGAAUUAUAUGAUGUAAAAUGGAAGAAUAGUUUACCUGGAUUCUUUAAAGAACCUGUUAAACCAAAAGCUAACCUAAAGGAUAAUAAAAAAAGUGUUUAUAAAAUCAAAAAUAUUAAUAUAGAUAGUAAUAAUAAUAAUAAUAAUAAUGAUAUAUAUGAUGAAAAAAAUUUUAAAAAAAAUAGAAAUGAAAAUGAAAAAGAAAAAAUCAAAAUAAAAAAAAUCAUUACAUCAAGUACAACUACUACUACUGCUACUAAUACUACUAAUACUGCUGCUACAAAUACUUCUACUAUUUCUGCAUCUACAUCUACAACUAUCAAUGCUAAUAGAAAAAAAAAAUUAGAAAAAUGCAAAAAUGCAUAUGAUUGGGAUAUUGAUUGGAGAAAUAAAAAUAAUAAUAAGCAUGUAGAAUAUAUAAAUGAAAAACAAAAUGAUGUAAAAAAUGACAAAAAUACUACUGACUAUUUUGUUGAAAAACUAAAUAGUGAUAAAAAUAAUAAUAAAAAUUUAGAUUACCUAGUUGAUAAACUAUGUAAAGAUGAUUUUAAAAUAGAAGAAAAUAUUUAUACGAAAUUAUAUAAUUAUGAAGAAUUAGAUAAUAAGGAUAAUAAACAGCAAAAUUCUUAUCAAGAUAAUAAUGAUAAUAUAGAAGAAAAGAAAAAGCAAAAAAAAAAAAAAAAAGAAAAAGAUAAAGAUUAUAUGAAACAAAAUUAUCAAUUAAAACAAUUGAUAAAUAAUUUUAAUAGUUAUGAUAUUAAUGAAAAUUUUCUUCUUAAUAAUAAUUUAGAUAAGGAUAAACUAAUUUAUUAUAAUUAUUUAAAAAAUAAAGAUAUAAAUGGAGUUGAAGAUAUUGAAAAAUUGAGUAGUUUUUAUAUAAAAGAUAUAAAUAAAAACAAUUCUUAUAAGAAAGAAGAAGAAGAAGAAGAAGAGGAAGAAAAAAAAAAAGUAGAAUGUUCUAAAGAUGAAGAAAAAAAUCAAGAGAAAAAAAUUAAAAUAAAAGAAAAAGAAAAAGAAAAUAAAAAUUUAGGAAAUAAUUUCACUGAGCAAGAAAAAGAACAAGACAAAAAAAAAAAAAAAGAAAACAAAAAUAAAAAGUCGAAAAAAAAAAAAAAUGAUGAUGAUAGUAACAAUAAUAAUAAUAUUAAUAAUAUCAAUAAUAAUGUCAAUAAUAACAUUAAUAAUGAUAAUAUUAACAGUAAUGAUGUAAAUAAUAAUAAUAAUAAUAAUAAUAAUAAUAAUGAUAAUAGUAAUAAUAAUAAUAUUAAUAAUAGUAUUAAUAAUAAUAAUAAUGAUAAUGAUAAUAAUAAUAAUGAUAAUAAUAAUAGUAUUAGUAAUAAUAAUGAUAGUAAUAAUAGUAUUAGUAAUAAUAAUGUCAAUAAUAAUGUUAAUAAUAAUGUUAAUAAUAAUGUUAAUAAUAAUGUUAAUAAUAAUGAUGAUAAUAAUUUAGAAAAAACAAAAAAUAAAGAAGAGGAAAAUAUAAAUAAUUCAAAUGAAUUUUCUAAUUUAUUUUUAAAAAUAAUGAAAUUUAAAAAUGAUUUAAAUUCUAAACAAGAAAUAAAAAAGACUUUACUGUGUAAUAAUAAUUCAAAAGAAAAUAAAUGUUAUUUUAAAAAUGAUGAUAAAGAUAUUAUAAAUAAUGAAAGUUGUAAAUAUACAUCUAAUAAUAAUGAUAAUUCAAAUUUUAAAAUAGAUAUGAAUUUAAAUAAAAUGGAUAAUAACAGUAUUAAUUUAGCAAAUGUCGAUAGUUAUACUUUAAAUUUUAAUAAUGCACAUAAUUUUACUAGAAAUAGUAACCCUGAUUAUAUAAAUCAUAAAGUUGUAGAUACAAAAAAUAGUAACAAAAAUAGUAAUUUGAAUGAUAACGAAAUUAAUAAUGAAGAAUUUUUAAAACAUUUAUCAAUUCUUAAAAAUGAAAAAAAUAAUAUAAAUAAUAAAAAUAUAACAAAUCAUUUAAGUAAUAAUAGUUUACUAAAUCAUAUAAUUAAUAAUAAGAAACAUAUCUCAAAUAAUAAUUAUAUAAGAGAUGCAUUAGAUAAUGUUCAAAAACAAUCAAUACAAAAUGAUAAUAUUGAAAUAAAUAAUGAUUUUAAUAUUUAUAAUCCUUCAAAAAACAAUAUUUAUAGCAAUUUAUAUCAACAAAACACAAAUGACAUAAAAAGUGUGAAUUCAAGAUCUUUACUUUAUUCAGAUAAUAAUUUAAAAAAUAAAGAAUUAGAUAAUGAACAUAUAAGAAAUGGAAUAAAUUACGAAAAAAAUAUAAUAGAUAAUGCUAAUAAAAACGAUAAUUUAAAAAAUUUAAUGGGUUAUCAAACUAAUGAGGAUUUAUUAAAUUUAUUUAAGAAAGUUUUACCACAUGCAAAAGUAAAUAUAGUACCAAAAAAUCAAAAUUCAUCAAUGUGUGAUCAUAAUAAUUUACAAAAUAUAAAUAGAAAUAUAUCAAGAAAUAUGGAUAUUUAUAAUGAAUAUGCACAACAAAUGAAUUUUAAAAGGGAAAUGAUAGAUUCUAACUUUGAAAAAAAAAAAGAUAAUAUUAACACUUCUAUAAACGAAGUGAAAACAGAAAUAAAUGAUAUAAGUGAAUAUAACAAGGAACAUUUUAUAAAGGAAUUACUACUAAAACAAAGUAGAUUAAACCAAAAUAAUGUAUGUCUAAAUAAUAAAGAAGAAAAAAUAUUAAAUAAAGAAGAUAUUCCUUUAAAUUUAAAAAUUCAGUUAGAUAAUUUAGAUUUUUGUGAAUUAUUAAAAUGUUAUCAUUCUUUAAACAUACAACAAAUACAAAUCAAAUUAUACUGGAUACAUUACAAAAUUCAAAUAUAUGAACAAAAUAAUAUUCCUGCUAAUAUUUUGGAGAAUUAUAAUAGAGAAAAAAAAAUUAUAAAUAAACUAAAAGAAAUAAAGUUAAUAUUAGAUUAUGCAAAUGAUUUAUUAAAAGAAAAAUUUACAAACAAUAAAGCUAAAUAUCAAUCUUUAUUACAACAGUUUAUAGUAAUAUUAAAACAUCAUGAUAACUUAUAUCAACAAAAAAAAGAAAAAAUAAUUAGCGAAAAUUAUGACAAACAAGAAAUUGUACAUUUUAUAUAUAGUAUUGAAAAACAUAUAGACAAGAAUGAAAUACAUACAGAAUCUAAUACAAAUAAUGUAAAUGAUUUUACUUCAUCAGAUAAUAAAUUAAUCACUAACAGUAAUAAUAAUAAUAAAACUGGUAAUUCUCCAAUUAAAAAUAUUAACAGUUUAGAACUUCAAAAAAAAGUAAUAUUACAAAAAAUGAAUGAACAAUUUAUGAAUAGUAAUAUAAGUGAAGAACAAAAAAUUAUGUUUUUAAACAAAAUGAAUAUAAGUGAUGCACAAAAAAAAUAUCUAUUAAGUAAAAUAAAUAUAGAUGAAGAACAAAACACUAAUUUUUUAAAUCAUACAAAUGAUAAUGAUCAAGAGAAGCCAAAUUAUAAUAACAAUAAUAAUAAUAAUAAUAAUAAUAAUAAUAAUAAUGUAAAUUCAAACUAUUUUGACAUGAAUGACAAUGGUAAUUCUUCUCCUCUUUUAAACAUAAUAAAUAAAUCUUAUGAUAAUAAAGUUAAUAGAGAAACUGAUGAACUAGAUAGAGAUAAUCAGAAAAAUUUGACUCCAAAAUAUCUUAUACUUGAUAUGCUGAAAAAUAAAAAAAAAAAAGAAUCAGAAAAUAAUGAUCAAUUAAAUGAAGAUUAUAUAGAUAUGAAGAAUUUAUCAAGGAAGAUAAAUAACUCUCUACAAUCAAACAAUUAUAACCUACAAGAUGAAUUAGCACAAAAAAUAAAAAAUAUUAUGAAUUUAUAUCAAAAAGAUCAACCACAAUCAAAUCAAAUUGAUCAAAUAAACUAUCCGUACCAAACUAAUCAAUUAGAACAAGUAACAUAUCCUAAUAUAAAUCAACAAUCAGAACAAAGAAAUCAUUCUGAUCAAAUAACCAAUCAACCGAACCCAAUAAAUCAUUCUGACCAUUUAAAACAACAAGAGCAAUUAAGUAAGCAAUAUCAAUUUUCACAAGGGAAAGAUUUUAUGAAUUUCGGAAAUUUUAAUUCAAUGAAUAAAAACAUUAAUAUAGAUUCCAACAAUUUAAAUCAAAAUAGUUACUUUUCUCAGUCAAGAAAUGAUAAUAAAAAUAUAAAUGCAUAUUUACGAAUACUAAAUAAUGAAAAUUUAUUAGUUAAACAAAAAAAUAGGAAUGAUAAUCCGAAUUCUAAAACUUUGAAUUUAAGAAACGUAAUGGAUGAACAAAAAGUUAUAGAUAAUAAUGAAAUGCAUCAUUACUUAUUAAAUGAUCAGAAUAAAAAUUCUAAAUUUUAUUUUAUGAAUCAAAACAACGAAAAUUCAAUAAAUCAUCAUCAAUCUCAACCAAUUCUCAAUAAAAUACCAAAUAAAUACAAAAUAAGCAUUUGUAAUAAAGCUUUUAAUAAUACAUCUGAUAAAAAAGGAAUAACAAAUAAUAUUUUAGAUAUAGAAGAAACUAAAAGACCAGAUGCUUUAAGAGAUAAAUGUUGGCAGUAUGUUGACCCAAAAGGAGUCGUACAAGGUCCUUUUUUUUUAGAUGAAAUGAGAGUAUGGAGUGAAAUGGGAUACUUUGAACCUAUGCUUCCUGUAAGAUGUUGUGAUUCUGAUCGUUUUGUUGCAUUAAAUAAGCUAUUUCCACCACCGCAUAAACCUUUUACUAUUGUACCAAAACCUCAACCAAUUUUACAAUGGGAAGAAGAAAUAUUAUAA